GAAGAAGACUUCCGGUUGUGUGUCAUGGCGGUGGCAUGGUGAAUCCUACAGAAAGGAAAAAAUACUCACCCUUGCUGUCCUUUCCCAUCGAUUCAGGACAGAUUUCCAUGCAUUACUAAACCCGUCAGCUCCGUCCUUACACCUUGGAUUUACCAGCACAGCGUUGCAGUGUCCGUCCGCCUGGCCAUGGCGGCUCAUAAACCAGUGGAAUGGGUCCAGGCCGUGAUUACUAGAUUUGAUGAGCAGCUCCCAAUAAAAGUUGGACACCAGAACACCCACACCAAAAUCAGCACAGAGCACAACAAGGAAUGUCUGAUAAACAUCUCCAAGUACAAGUUCUCUCUCGUCAUCAGUGGCCUCACCAACAUCCUCAAAAAUGUCAACAACAUGCGGAUAUUUGGAGAGGCCUCUGAGAAGAACCUCUACCUCUCCCAGCUCAUCAUCUUGGACACAUUGGAGAAGUGCCUUGCUGGGCAAUCUAAGGACUGCUUGCGUCUGGAUGAGACCAUGCUGGUAAAACAGCUUCUGCCAGAGAUAUGCCAUUUCAUCCACACGUACCGCGAGGGCCACCAGCACGCCACUGAGCUCCGGGCCUCGGCCUCAGCUGUCCUGUUCUCUCUUAGCUGCAACAACUUCAAUGCUGUCUUCAGCCGUAUUUCCACCAGACUACAGGAGUUGACUGUGUGCUCAGAAGACAACGUGGAUGUUCAUGACAUAGAGCUGAUGCAAUACAUCAGUGUAGACUGCUCCAAGCUGAAGAGACUGCUACAAGAAACUGUAUUGAAAUUUAGAGCUCUUAAGAAGCCUGCCCAGCUAUCAGUCAUUAACAGUUUAGAGAAGGCAUUUUGGAACUGGGUGGAGAAUUACCCAGAUGAGUUCACCAUGCUGUACCAGCGACCACAGGCAGAUAUGGCAGAAGCUGCAGAGAAGUUGUUUGACCUGGUGGACAGCUUUGCAGAGAGUGCCAAGAGGAAAGCAGCUGUGUGGCCACUUCAGAUCAUCCUUCUCAUCCUCUGCCCAGAGAUCACGCACACAAUCUCCAAAGAUACAGUGGAUGACAGCAAGGCCAACAAGAAACUUUUUUUGGACAGUUUACGGAAAGCUUUAGCCGGGCAGGGUAGCAGCAAGCAGCUGACGGAGAGUGCAGCCAUCGCCUGUGUCAAGCUUUGUAAAGCCUCUACCUACAUCAACUGGGAAGAUCACUCCACCAUUUUCCUCCUGGUCCAGUCCAUCGUCAUGGAUCUUAAGGCUCUGCUAUUCAACCCAGCAAAGCCCUUCUGGAGGGGGACAGGCAGUCAGAAUGCUGACGUGGAGCUCAUGAUGGACUGCUUUGUCUCCUGUUUCCGUAUCAAUCCUCACAACAACCAGCACUUUAAGGUCUGUUUGGCAUCCUCUUCGCCCUCCACCUUUCACUUUGUCCUAGUCAACUCGUUGCACAGAAUAAUUACCAAUUCCCAUCUGGAUUGGUGGCCUAAGAUUGAUGCAGUGUACUGCUACUCUGGGGAGCUUCGCUUUAUGUUCUCAGAUACCCUCAACCGGGUGAUCCAAGGUGCCGGCACCCAUGCUCCACUACGUAUGACACCGAGUCUGACAUUUAUAGGAAAGAAGACCACCAGCCUUAAGUUCAAAGAGAAAGCCACAGACCUGGACACUCGAAGUUACAAGUGCCUCCUUCUCGCUCUGGUUAAACUCAUCCAUGCAGACCCCAAACUCAUGUUGCAUAAUCCAGUGAAGCAAGCUCCGGAGAUGCAGAGCAGCACAGCAGAGCUUAUCACUGGCCUGGUGCAGCUAGUGCCUCUAAGCAACACCACCCAGCUCUCACAAGAAGCCAUGGAGGCUCUGUUAGUUCUGCACCAGCCAGAGACCAUAGAGCUUUGGAAUCCUGAUGCCCCCAUAGAGACGUUUUGGGACAUCAGUUCACAGGUGCUCUUCAUAAUCUGCCGCAAACUGAUUGGCCAGCAAAUGGUUAAUGGGACGGAAGUUCUAAAAUGGCUGAGGGAGAUUCUCAUCUGCAGGAACAAGUUUCUGCUCAAGAACAAGGAGUGUGCCACUGUGGGUGGUGCCAUCCCCAUCUGCCGGCAGGCGCAGACAAAGCUGGAGGUGUGUCUCUACAUGUUCCUGUGGAGCCCAGACACUGAGGCGGUGCUGGUGGCCAUGUCCUGUUUCCGCCACCUCUGUGAGGAGGCUGACAUCCGCAGUGCAAGUGAUGAAGUGACCGUUCAGACAAUUCUGCCCAACUAUGCCACCUUUAGCGAACUGGCCUCUGUCAGCAACAUGAUGGGAACAGGCCGCUCGACCUUGCAGAAGAGGGUGAUGGCCUUGUUACGGAGAGUAGAGCACCCCACACCGGGAAACAUUGAGGCUUGGGAGGAUACACAUUCUAAAUGGGACCAGGCCACCAAACAGAUUCUCAACUUCCCCAAAAACAAGGCAGAUGAUGGACAGCAGGAGUGGAUUAACAUGACAGGCUUCUUGUGUGCUCUGGGCGGUGUGUGCCUUCAGCAGCGCAGUACCCCCGGCCCAGCCACCUACAGUCCACCUAUGGGCCCAAUGAGCGAGCGCAAACACUCCAUGAUCUCCAUGGGACCAUGUGAGGUGUCUAAUCCUGCGGCUUCCUCCUGCUCUUCGUCAGCCUCAAAUGAGACGCCUGUCAGCCGCUUUCUUGAUCGGCUGCUGUCCUUGCUGGUGUGUGGCCAUGACAGGGUUGGUCUCCAUGUUCGCACCAAUGUUAAAGACCUCCUCGGGCUGGAGCUUAGCCCCGUCCUCUACCCCAUGCUCUUCAACAAGCUGAGAAACAGCAUCGGCAAGUUCUUUGAUACUCAGGGACCGGUUCCCAUCAACGAGACUAACACCCAGUUUGUGGAGCAGACAAUAGCCAUCAUGAAGAACCUGUUAGAUAAUCACACAGAGGGCAGCUCUGAACACCUGGGACAGGCCAGCAUUGAGACCAUGAUGCUCAACCUAGUCAGAUAUGUGCGCAUCCUGGGUAAUGUGGUCCAUGCUAUACAGAUCAAAACUAAGCUGUGCCAGCUUGUGGAAGUGAUGAUGGAGCGACGUGAUGAUCUUUCCUUCUGCCAGGAGAUGAAGUUCAGGAAUAAGAUGGUGGAGUACCUGACAGACUGGGUGAUGGGAACGUCCAACCAAGCUGCUGAUGAUGACAUAAAGUGUCUCACAAGGGACCUGGACCAGGCCAGUAUGGAGGCUGUCGUAUCUCUGUUAGCUGGUCUUCCUCUGCAGCCAGAGGAAGGAGAUGGAGUUGAACUGAUGGAGGCUAAAUCUCAGCUCUUCCUCAAGUACUUCACUCUGUUCAUGAACCUGCUGAAUGACUGCAGUGAGGUUGAGGAUGAGGGACAGGCAGUGGGGGGACGAAAGAGAGGAAUGUCCCGACGCUUGGCAUCCCUCCGCCACUGCACUGUCCUUGCUAUGUCCAACCUGCUCAACGCUAACGUAGACAGUGGCCUCAUGCACUCCAUUGGGCUGGGUUAUCACAAGGACCUUCAGACACGAGCCACUUUCAUGGAAGUGCUGACCAAGAUCCUGCAGCAGGGAACAGAAUUUGACACGCUGGCAGAGACAGUGCUGGCUGAUCGUUUUGAGAGGCUGGUGGAGCUGGUCACCAUGAUGGGAGACCAGGGAGAGCUGCCCAUUGCCAUGGCACUGGCUAAUGUUGUUCCUGGGUCCCAGUGGGACGAGCUAGCCCGAGUCCUGGUGACACUUUUUGACUCCCGCCACCUGCUCUACCAGCUGCUGUGGAACAUGUUUUCUAAAGAGGUGGAACUGGCAGACUCCAUGCAAACCCUAUUUAGAGGAAACAGCCUGGCUAGCAAGAUAAUGACCUUCUGUUUCAAGGUGUAUGGGGCAGCAUACCUACAGAAACUACUGGAGCCUUUAUUGAGAGGGGUCAUCACAACCCCUGAACAUAUCAGCUUUGAGGUAGACCCUACCAGGCUGGAACAAGGUGAGAACUUAGAGGAGAACCAGAGGAACCUACUGCAGAUAACCGAGCGCUUCUUCCAGGCCAUCAUCGGUUCAUCUAGCGAGUUCCCCCCACAGCUCCGCAGUGUCUGCCACUGUCUCUACCAGGCUACUUGCUACUCUCUACUGAAUAAAGCAACAGUAAAAGAAAAAAAGGAAAACAAAAAAGCAGUGGUGAGUCAACGAUUCCCACAGAACAGCAUAGGUGCAGUGGGCAGUGCCAUGUUUCUGCGCUUCGUCAAUCCAGCCAUUGUGUCUCCAUAUGAGGCUGGAAUCUUGGACAAGAAGCCCCUACCUAGGAUAGAACGGGGUCUCAAACUAAUGUCCAAGAUUCUGCAGAGUAUUGCAAACCAUGUCCUGUUUACAAAAGAAGAACACAUGAGGCCCUUUAAUGACUUUGUGAAGAGCAACUUUGAUUCAGCCAGGAGGUUUUUUUUGGACAUAGCAUCUGACUCUCCACCCAGUGACUCAGUCAACCACAGUUUGUCUUUUAUCAGUGAUGGUAAUGUGCUGGCCCUGCACCGCCUGCUGUGGAACAACCAGGAGAGGAUCGGCCAGUAUCUCUCCAGCAACAGGGAUCAUAAGGCUGUAGGCAGGCGGCCUUUUGACAAAAUGGCAACCCUGUUGGCUUACCUGGGACCCCCAGAACACAAACCUGUGGCUGACACUCACUGGUCCAGUCUAAAUCUAACUAGUUCCAAGUUUGAGGAGUUUAUGACCAGGCACCAGGUCCAUGAGAAAGAGGAGUUCAAAGCCUUAAAGACUCUCAACAUUUUCUACCAGGCAGGAACCUCCAAGACCGGCAACCCAGUAUUCUACUACGUUGCCCGCAGGUUCAAAACAGGCCAGAUCAAUGGUGACCUGCUCAUCUACCAUGUCCUCCUCACCCUCAAACCCUACUACGCUAAGCCCUACGAAAUAGUAGUGGACUUGACACAUGUUGGACCCAGCAAUCGCUUCAAGACUGACUUCCUGUCUAAGUGGUUUGUGGUCUUUCCUGGUUUUGCCUAUGAGAACGUGGCAGCUGUUUAUGUCUACAACUGCAACACUUGGGUUAGGGAGUAUACAAAGUACCAUGAGCGACUACUAACAGGCCUGAAGGGCAGCAAAAGGCUCCAAUUCAUCGACUCUCCUGCUAAACUGGCCGAGCAUGUUGAACCUGACCAACAGAAACUGCCUGCAGCUACGUUGACACUGGAGGAAGAUCUUAAAGUGUUCCACAAUGCCCUCAAGCUGGCCCAUAAAGACACCAAAGUCUCAAUCAAGGUGGGCUCAACGGCAGUUCAGGUGACCUCAGCUGAGCGAACCCGUGUCCUUGGCCAGCCUGUCUUCCUCAAUGAUGUCUACUAUGCUUCAGAGAUUGAGGAGAUUUGUCUGGUGGAUGAGAGUCAGUUUACCCUCACCAUGGCCAACCAGGGCACACCACUGACUUUUAUGCACCAGGAGUGUGAUGCCAUCGUCCAGUCCAUAAUCCAUAUCCGCACACGCUGGGAGUUGUCACAGCCCGACUCCAUCCCACAGCACACCAAGAUAAGACCAAAAGAUGUCCCUGGCACUCUGCUUAACAUCGCCCUGCUCAACCUUGGCAGUUCUGACCCCAGCCUCAGGUCUGCGGCUUACAAUCUACUGUGUGCUUUGACCUGCACCUUCAACCUAAAGAUAGAGGGCCAGCUGCUGGAGACAUCAGGCCUCUGUAUCCCAGCCAACAAUACCCUCUUUAUAGUCUCCAUCAGCAAGACUCUGGCUGCCAACGAGCCACAUCUGACGCUGGAAUUUCUAGAGGAGUGCAUUUCAGGCUUCAGCAAGUCCAGUAUUGAGCUGAAGCAUCUGUGCUUGGAGUACAUGACACCCUGGCUGCUCAACCUGGUUCGCUUUUGUAAGCACAAUGAUGAUGCCAAGCGGCAGCGUGUCACUGCCAUUUUGGACAAACUCAUUACCAUGACAAUCAAUGAAAAGCAGAUGUAUCCCUCUAUCCAGGCCAAGAUCUGGGGCAGCCUUGGCCAGAUAACAGACCUGUUGGAUGUGGUGUUGGACAGCUUUAUUAAGACUAGUGCCACAGGAGGCCUGGGCUCCAUUAAGGCAGAGGUCAUGGCUGAUACUGCAGUAGCUCUGGCUUCAGGGAACGUCAAACUGGUCUCUAACAAAGUUAUUGGUCGGAUGUGUAAGAUCAUUGACAAGACUUGCCUGUCGCCAACGCCCACACUUGAGCAGCACCUGAUGUGGGACGACAUCGCAAUCUUGGCCCGCUACAUGCUGAUGCUGUCCUUCAACAACUCCCUUGAUGUUGCCGCCCACUUGCCAUACUUGUUCCAUGUGGUGACCCUGCUGGUAGCCACGGGACCUCUGUCACUCAGGGCCUCCACCCAUGGUUUGGUUAUCAACAUUAUCCACUCCCUCUGCACCUGCUCACAGCUCAAUUUCAGUGAGGAGACGAAGCAGGUUCUGAGGUUGAGCCUGACGGAGUUCUCCCUGCCCAAGUUCUAUCUGCUGUUUGGCAUCAGCAAAGUCAAGUCAGCUGCCGUCAUAGCCUUUCGCUCUAGCUACAGAGACCGUUCGUUCUCACCAGGCUCAUAUGAGAGGGAGACCUUCGCCCUGUCCUCCUUGGAGACUGUCACUGAGGCCUUACUGGAAAUCAUGGAAGCUUGUAUGAGGGACAUCCCAACCUGCAAAUGGUUAGACCAAUGGACAGAACUUGCACAGAAGUUUGCAUUCCAGUACAACCCAUCUCUCCAACCCAGAGCACUGGUGGUGUUUGGCUGCAUCAGCAAAAGAGUGAGCCAUAGUCAGAUCAAACAGAUCAUCCGAAUCCUCAGCAAGGCCAGCCCUCUGCUCAGCAUAGACCGGGGUCUGGAGAGCUGCCUGAAGGGGCCGGACAAUUAUAACAGCCAAGUGUUAAUAGAGGCCACAGUCAUUGCUCUCACCAAGCUGCAGCCACUACUUAGCAAGGAGUCUCCCAUGCACAAAGCUCUGUUCUGGGUGGCAGUAGCUGUGCUGCAGCUGGAUGAAGUGAACUUGUACUCUGCCGGAACCGCCCUACUGGAGCAGAAUCUCCACACACUGGAUUCAAUGCGUGUCUUCAAUGACAAGAGUCCAGAAGAAGUCUUCAUGGAGAUCAGAUGUCCCUUGGAAUGGCACUGUAAGCAGAUGGAUCAUUUUGUGGGCCUCAACUUUAGUGCCAAUUUCAACUUUGCACUGGUGGGCCACCUACUCAAAGGCUACAGACACCCAUCACCCACUACAGUAGCAAGAACAGUUAGAAUCCUGCACACACUGUUGACCCUCAUCAGCAAGCAUCUGAAAUGUGACAAGUUUGAGGUCAACACCCAGAGUGUGGCCUACCUGGCUGCACUGCUCACUGUAUCUGAGGAGGUCCGAAGUCGCUGCAGCCUCAAACACAGGAAGUCUCUACUGAUUUCUGACCUUUCCAUGGACCCGGUGCCUAUGGACACCUACUCCAGUCACAUCACUGAUCCCACAUGCAGAACUCUGCAAGAGACUCAGCCAUGGACGUCGCCUCAGGUUUCAGAUCGCUACCUUUCAGCCCACCACUACCCCACAAUGGGCCAGAUCAGCCCACGAACACGCAAGUCCAUGAGCCUGGACAUGGGCCAGCCAUCACAGGCCAAUACCAAGAAGCUCUUGGGCACCAGGAAGAGUUUUGAUCAUCUCAUAUCAGACUCCAAAGCACCAAAGAGACCAGAUAUGGAAUCUGGUAUGACUACGCCUCCCAAGAUGAGACGCGUAGCAGAGAAUGACUAUGAGAUAGAGACACAAAGAAUUGGAAACUCUCACCUUCGCAAGGUGUCUGUAUCAGAAUCCAAUGUUCUUCUGGAUGAGGAGGUGCUCACUGACCCAAAGAUCCAGGCUCUGCUGCUCACUGUGCUGGCCACCCAGGUCAAAUACACCACUGAUGAUUUUGACCAGAGGAUUCUGUAUGAGUACUUAGCUGAAGCUAGCGUUGUCUUCCCAAAGGUUUUUCCUGUUGUCCACAAUCUGCUGGACUCCAAGAUCAACACUGUGCUGUCCAUGUGCCAGGACACCAACCUCCUGAACCCUGUCCAUGGCAUUGUCCAGAGUGUGGUGUACCAUGAGGAGUCACCCCCCCAGUACCAGCCCUCUUAUUUACAAAGCUUUGGCUUUAAUGGACUUUGGAGGUUUGCUGGACCCUUCUCUAAGCAAACCCAGAUACCAGACUAUGCUGAGCUGAUUGUCAAGUUUCUGGAGGCGUUGAUUGACAGCUACCUGCCAGCAGCUGAUGAGGAGCGAGGGGAGGAGCAGCUGAGAACACCCACCUCCCCAUACCCCCCAACAAGCCAGAGCCAGCUGAGCAUCACUGCCAACCUCAACCUGUCCAACUCCAUGACCUCACUGGCCACUUCACAGCACUCACCAGGUGUGGAUAAGGAGAAUGUCCAGCUGUCCCCCAGCUCUGCUCUGUCCAGUGGAGGACGCACUCGCCACGGUUCAGCCAGUCAGGUCCAGAAGCAGCGCAGUGCUGGCAGCUUCAAGAGACCCAGCAUUAAGAAGAUUGUCUGAUUAGCCAGAGAAUAGCACCCCCCACAUACCCUCAUCCACCUCCUCCUGUCUGCCCCUUCCCAGGUCUGCCACCCUGCUAGUCCUCAUGCUGAACUUCACAUUUACUCUUUAUUUCCCCUUCAUUCUAAUGGUUGUUGCAUUGGCAGAACAAACGAUUUUGUGUUUUCGUCUAGAAGGAAUAUUACUUUCAAUUGGGCUGCUCUUUUUCAAAAGCGCGCUGUCUUGGAGAACCUUCUGGAAAACCAUUUCUUUUCUCAACUGGAGUCAAUGUGAAAGCUCUUCACAAAAAAAAAAGGCAUUCAGCAACAGUCUGAGUCUCCUGCAGUGAGCAAGGUCACAUGUGACACUGCAAAAAAGGCUGAUAAGAAAACUGAGUUUGGAUGUACACACAGGGGCGGUCCGGACAGGGAAUUCCAGCGUUAGGCUGAAGUUUGAUCUACAGCACGUCCUCUAGCCUUCCCCAUAACUAAACACUCCUGUGUCAGUGAGAUGGACCAAAUGACAGCAGUGGGGGCAGGGGGGUGGAUCUGUGAGACAGGACCUUCACUCUGGACCUGCUUGGACAUCUCACCUCCCCUCUCCUAGUCCUGUACAUAUUUUACAUAGACAGAUUACGUAUAACUAGUCCUUAGUGCAAAUUUAGAUGUUGAUGUUUUCUCCAUGGUGUGCCUUUGUCAGGGGUUUUCGAUUUGUACAGUUUGUAAAGUAAAAAUCAGUCCUUGCUGGGGACAAGUAACAGGUACUAAUUAUGGAGGCAAGCCGUCCAUAUCACCACAAGUUCACCUGAGCUGUGUCACGACCGGCCUCCUAUGAUCGUCAAAUAUACAAUCACCCAUAUACCCCUUUGCCUGAAAAUAUUUAUCCUGUAUAACUAGAUAUCGCUACACAAAGCAUCCUCUGUUCAAACACUUUCCAAAAAUCAUCUUCUUUUCAAGCGCUUUGAACUCAAAGAUUGCAAAACACUAGGGAAAAUGCAACUGUGUAAAUAGCUGCAAGCUUUUUGAUUGAGUUAUUUUUUGCUUUUAUUUAGCCUUUUUGUUAUUUUUAUUCUGAACUAUAGUUCUAGCUGCAAAGCUUUUUUUUUUUUUUUUUUUUUUUUUUUUUUUACAGUGACAAGGAAAAUUGUGGAAUAGGCAAUAAUCCUCAGUGCUCCAACUUCUUUGUCCACCACCAAUUUUAUUUGUAUGUACACAGGGAGAACACAUCACUAUGUCAGCUCAGUGCAAUAUGAUGCCAACCUCCAUUGGUUUAACCUCAUCAAUCUGAGUUGGACCCAAAAUCACCAGAGGUUUGUUCUGCGGUCUCUUUAAAGGGAAACUCCACCCUAAAAGAAGCUUUGACGCUGACUGUUAGGGCUACUUAUUAUUGGAAAUUUCACAGAAGAGGUGACUAUACCAUUCUGUGUAAUGUCAUGGAGUGUAUAUCAAGAUGGCCGAUGUCACAUGUCAGUCCUUCCUUCCAACUGUACAAAAGUGAAGCCAGAAUAUCUCGGAAAUGGAUGCUGCCCUCGUUUUCCUGCCUCCUGUCUGGCCAAAUGCUUGCACACACCCCGAAAAACUUAAUGUAACACAGCAGUUACCACCUUGACUGUGUGGGACUGCUGUGGACGCUCCCUGAAAACUUACAGUUUUCUAGAUUACAAUGACUUGUAACUGCUAGCUGGCUAGCUACAUAUCAACAAUUUUUUUCCAUAGAUUGGUUGUGCUCAUAGCUUAGAUGUGAUCUUGAGGUUCUGCCUCCUGUCCAGCCCUCAAUACUGAGACUCCACCCCUGGUCACUACUGCAUGCAUUGUGCUUGCAAAUGACUCACCGAUUCUAAGAUAUUUUGGCUUCACUUCUGGGGAGCUGGCAUGUCAUUCAUCUUAAUACAGUUUAUGGUUCAUAUAAAUACCAAAGCAUGCUGUUUUCCACAUUCUCCUUGUCAAACAGGAAAACAUUUACUACAAAAAAUAUUUCACAACACAAAGUAAUUAAAGCCUUUGCAGUCAAAGCUGUGGGCAGUUUACUAUAGAUCACACUAUGGAAUCUAUCAACUAUGGUUGUAGUAAACUUUCACACUUAGGACAAAUUAAACUUCUCAAACACUUUAGUGUUGAAUUUUGUCUGAGCACGUUCAGCAAAAAACUAUUUUUCAACUCUGAUCAGAAAAUAUUUUAUCGAAGCAGUUGCUAAGAAACUGACCAAAUAUUUGAGGACAGCUGUCAGUACUGAGUGCGUUUGGGUGUAUUCUCUGACUCCAGCACCACAGUUUCGAGGGUUUUGCAGCAUGUCAACAAUGUAGUAAAAUAAUAGGAAAUAUUUUACAAAUCUGCAGAUACAGUAAAGCUUUCGUUUUACAGUCCCUUACUCUCCCAGUCUACACCAUCACACAGAACACAGGAUGUUGGCCACGCCACAAAUCAAGCUCACAUAGCCUGAGGAUAUUUCACAAUUUAAGAGCAUGUGGGUGCUCUCAGCUGUGGAUUUUUCCUUUUGGAGAUGUAGUACUGUAGCUGCGUAACUUUGAACCAACAGCUGUGUUCUGUCAGAGCACAUCUGUGAGCAGCAUGUCCUCUUGCUUGCUUUCCUACACAUAUUCAGCACACAUCUAGAAAUUUUUCUCCACUUCAACUCUGCAUCACUGCUGGCUGUUUUCUAACAUGUGCCGUAGUGUUUGAGAUCAUCAGUUUUGUUUCCUACUGUCCAACCAGCCAUUGGUUUCUAUUUACUUCACUGUGUUAAGCUUUGAGGGAGUUGAGAGUUGCUUCAGGAAGCUCGGUGAACAUCAUCUUUUAUCUCCAUGUGGUAAAAUGGUACAUGAUGACAAAAAACAGCACUGCAACCCAACAUGUACAUCUGCAUGACCAACACACCAUUUGAUGCUAGGUCAUCACAGAUACAUCAGUAUGCUUUUGUCAUUAGUAAAAUAUUACAUUUAUUGUCUUAAAUAGUGUCUCCAUUCAUUUGACCAGCAGGGAACACUUACAGGUUCAUUUUUACACUCUAACAUGUUUUUUUAAAAUUUUCAGUGUUUUUUUUAAAAUCACUGUUAACAGUUUAAUCUUGCUCAGAAUCAAAUAUCACUGCACCACAGUAAUGCCCCUUUGACAGUAGACUCAGUGUGUGUUGGAUUAAUACACUCAAGCAUGUUUCAUCUGCCUGCAGGCUGAUUUGAACGUUUGAACUGAUGGCUGUGUGGAGUGUAGAGACACUGACUGAUCGCAAACACUGUGUUGCUUUGGAAGCGGUCACAGCAUUUGUAGUGAAUAUAUGAUUCCUUUCAGACACUCUGGUCUGGACCUGCUGACUAGUUGCGUCAGCAGCUGUGUAGACACCUUGCCAUAGAUGGGACUGUCAGUAUGAACAAGUGUGACACGAGAUGGUGGUCCACUUACAGCCACAGUUCAGCUCAGCCCAAGUUGCUCUGUUAAAAUGCUUCAAUCCUGCCUUAACAUCUAUGCAUGAAAAGAGUUGAGUAUUGUAAAACUCUGACUUUACUUUUGUCUGAGCAGCAUUUCCACACAUCUGUUGCUCAGUGUCGGACAUUUAUUUGAAGUGUUCAUGUCAUCAUAUGGAUCCAUUUGUUCAGUACAGAUAUUUUUUUCUUGUAUUUAGUCAUCUGACAAAAUGUGCUAUUUUCUUCUGUCUGUAGUUCUUUCAGUCACUACAUGAUCAUUAGAUUAAUGCUACGGAAAGGGACAUUUACAGCAGACAGUCUUAUGGAUAUAUUUUGACAAUUCAGCCCAAAAAACGACAGAAAGGGAAAAAUGAGUAUAAUAUACAGAUGAUUAUGGAGUUCACUGUCCAGUUUAAUACAUGGAAAACAUCCAUCAGAAACUUGACUUGUUCUGUUGUCCUCUGUCAGUGACUCACUAACAGAUUUGCUCAUAUAAAGUGUCAGGACCAAACAGACAUCAUUUUCUGCUGAAAAGUCUCAACAUUGUUUGUAAUGACAACAAUUCAAAUGAUUGUCAGAUGGGUUGGUAUGCUUCACACAAGUUCCCAGCAUAUAUUGUCUGAGCACAUCUGAAGGCAAGCAUGUUUCCACUUGUUCCAAUAGGGAAUGCCCAUCAGUACGGGAAAAUUAAUCAUACAAAUAGAGGUAACAGUGUACACCUGUGGUUCCUUAUACCAGCUUCAUGCUACAAAAUGUUUCUGUCUGAUAAAAUUCACUACGUCAGCUCAGUCAAACGUUCUUGUCCUAACUAAAAAGACGUGACAAACUAUGUGUGGGUUUAUGACCAAUCAUAGCUCUCUGUCUUUUGUGAACCUGCAUGAUGUCAUCGGGAAAACAGUGUCAGGGAACGAGUAGCGGAAACAAGAAUGGUAAAAAAUGACGUCCCAAGCAGUGUGAGUGAUACUGACUGGUUGGUUGUUAGUCGUCGCACAAGGCGAGAGAAGAGGAAAAAAUCUUUCAGGGUAGACUUUUGUCAGGAUGUUGUGAGGUGUUCAAGUUGCAGCAUUAGUUUUCAUCCACUGUAAUCUAAUUCACAGCAUUUAAAGAAAGACAUGCACACUCACAUUGUACACAUGACAUAGGAGAGAGGGUUGGACCCUGUCUACUUUAACAGACAGAUAGGUAACUAAGUGCAUGUCAUUGUCAUUUUGGAAAGAUAGGUUCAGUCAAAGGUCGUCUGAAUCAACUCACAAAUGUGGUUUCAGACUCUGAGACUAUUUAUUAGUCCCACAAGUACUUGAUUUGAAGUGUACAGAGAGCUUGAAGCUACUGAUGUUAUUGGACAGAUAAAUAUAAAUGUGUCAAAAACCUAUUGCACAUGAGGUUUUCAAAACUACCUUUUAUAUUUUAACACUAGAGCUGGACAGACUGGCAGAUGCAUGUUAGUUAAUGAAGCAUUAGCCCUCCUCAUGUAAAUAGAGUAAGCCCAAGAUCAAAGUCAAGCAUAGAGUUUCAUCAAGUUUAAGUUGUUUAAGUCUCAUUUUCUACCAUGGUACAACAUGGCUGUGACAUUCCAGUUGGAAGGAUUUUAAGAUGUGAAGUCAGGGCCACUGAACCUUGAAAAGUACACGUUUAAUAAGAGUUACGUGUUGAGUUUCCACCACAACAUGUCAUUGUUUUAGUCAGUCCAUGGCUCUGCUCAGCACUCCUCAACGCCUAACUGUUCUUAAAGCUACACUCCCUGAUUUCAUCCUAAAACAUGUUCACAGACCCUAAUCACAGAAUCAGCUAGUGUACCUUUAACAAAACACAACCAGGAAAAAUCUGAAGGCAAGCUUUAUAUGAGCACCAUGUUAGCAGAUUGCCAUCAUUUCCAGGUUUUAGUUUGACUUGUGUGUGAAUGAAAAUAUUAAGGUUUAUGUAUUCAUAACCUCUUUAACAAGUGGUUGACUUGCACUAAUUUAAAAACAGUCAUGGGUUUGUAAAGAUGAAAAACCUCAAAAUGUGGCAUGUUUUAUUUGAUGUUAUGCAAAAUUUAAUGUCUGUAGAGUAUUAGUCUGAGUUUUGUUUUUACUGCAGUAUGUGUGAUAAAUGUAAAUACUUUGUGUACAAUUUGAGAUGGUAUAUUUACUACACUGUACAUACAUGUGAUAUUGUAUCAUUUUGUUUUUGUAAAGCAGUUAGUUUCUGUAUAAUAAUAUACAAAUUGAACUAUUCCAGUGUUAGUAAUAAAAUGUUUUGCUCUCCA